AUGGCUUCUGACGCAGAUAUGGAGGAUUAUGGGUUCGAAUACUCAGAUGAGGAACCUGAGGAACAAGAUGUUGACAUUGAGAACCAAUAUUAUAACUCAAAAGGCUUGGUUGAGACUGACCCAGAAGGAGCUCUUUCUGGUUUUGCUGAAGUAGUUCGGAUGGAACCUGAGAAGGCCGAAUGGGGAUUUAAAGCUUUAAAGCAGACUGUCAAGCUCUACUAUAAGUUAGGGAAGUAUAAAGAAAUGAUGGACGCUUACAGGGUGAUGUUAACAUAUAUCAAAUCAGCUGUAACAAGAAAUUACAGUGAAAAGUGUAUAAACAAUAUUAUGGACUUUGUUUCGGGAUCAGCUAGUCAGAACUUCAGUCUCUUGCAAGAGUUCUAUCAGACCACUCUGAAGGCCCUUGAAGAGGCAAAGAACGAGAGGCUCUGGUUUAAGACGAACCUAAAGCUCUGUAAGAUUUGGUUUGAUAUGGGUGAAUAUGGGCGAAUGAGUAAGAUUUUGAAGGAACUUCACAAAUCUUGUCAAAAAGAAGAUGGUAGUGAUGACCAAAAGAAAGGAACUCAACUGUUGGAGGUAUAUGCAAUUGAGAUUCAAAUGUAUACCGAGACUAAGAAUAACAAAAAGCUUAAGCAAUUAUACCAAAAAGCGCUAUCAAUCAAGUCAGCAAUACCCCAUCCUAGAAUCAUGGGAAUUAUUCGGGAAUGUGGUGGGAAAAUGCAUAUGGCAGAACGUCAGUGGGCUGAGGCAGCCACAGAUUUCUUUGAAGCUUUUAAGAACUAUGAUGAAGCUGGGAACCAUAGGCGUAUCCAGUGUCUAAAAUAUUUGGUUCUGGCCAAUAUGCUGAUGGAAUCUGAAGUGAACCCUUUUGACGGUCAAGAGGCAAAGCCAUAUAAAAAUGACCCAGAGGUUUUGGCUAUGACAAACCUGAUAGCCGCUUAUCAACGGAAUGAGAUAUUGGAAUUUGAGAAAAUCCUGAAGACAAAUAGAAGGACGAUAAUGGAUGAUCCAUUUAUUCGGAAUUACAUUGAAGAUCUCUUGAAGAAUGUUAGGACCCAGGUGUUGCUUAAGCUCAUCAAGCCUUAUACAAGAAUUCGUAUCCCCUUUAUAUCAAAGGAGCUUAAUGUUCCAGAAAAAGAUGUUGAGGAAUUGUUGGUUUCACUAAUCUUGGAUAACCGUAUCCAUGGGCAUAUUGAUCAAGUCAACCGGCUUUUAGAACGUGGCGACAGGUCAAAGGGAAUGAAAAAGUACACCGCCAUAGAUAAAUGGAAUACACAGCUCAAGUCUCUCUAUCAAACCAUUGGCAACCGAGUAUGCUAAGAUCGAUUUUCACAGAAAUGGUGGUUUGAUUUUCUCUGCUGAUGAUGGCUAUCGGAUUAAGAUUUUUUUUUUAUUAUUUUUUUUUUUAUCAGGUCGAUUUGGAUUGAACUUCUAUUUUGCUGUUUGAAAUGUGCUUUGUUCAUAUAAGCUGUGGAUAAAAACAUUGAAUUGGGUAAUGUCACAUAUUUUUGUGUUACCAAUUAAGAGGCAAUUAUGCUAUUGCUUUA